AGACUAAUUGUAUAUUUUGUUUUGACUCCACAGUCGAAUUGGAUUGCGAUAAAAUGUAGUACUACGGCGAUUUCGUUAAAUUACAUGUUGUAAUAAAUGGUUAUUUAAAAAUUAAAAGGAGUAAGAUAAAUACUGGAGAGAGGUCGUAUUCGUAAGUAAUUUAGAAACAGUUAUAUUUAACACUCUUCAUUUGUGCAAUGUUUCUCUCACUGUACAAUACUGCAUAGGUCUAUAUAAAAAAGAAUAAUGUCUCUGUUGGUAGGAUUUUAAAUUCUUUGUUGUUUGUAUUUGGUGAGUAUAUGCUUAUCUAAAAGUGCUGAAGGGUGUAAACAUUAGUAACAAAAUCCUAUUUCAAUAAGAGCAGUUAGGAAAACACUUUUCACUCAAACUUUAUGAGAAUGCAAAGUAAAUAUCAUAUUGAUAUAUUAUUGGCUUUUUUUUUCAUUCUACUUCCGAUUAGGUAAUCAUGGGAAAUCAAGAAUCAGGCCAGUUUCCAAGUUCGAUGAGAACACCAGCUUGCGAUCGAAGAGAAUUGGGAAAGAGUAAAUCAAGGCGGCGAAUAGAUAAACUACUACACCGCCAUAGAACAACUAAAAAUCGAGGACGAUCUCUGUCUCCCUCGGAAAGUCGAAUUCCCUUGCCUGAUACUCCUAAUGUCAAUAGACUGCGUAGGUGUAGUUUAUCGAAUAUCGAUAAAAGUGACGAUGAUCCGCUAAUGAACACCACUCAGCGAGCUGCCAAAUGCCGUACAGUUGAUAAAUUAGAUUUUUUAACGACGAAAAGCGAACGGUCAUCUUACUCGUCGGUCAUUAGUGAGAGUGAUAACAAGUUUGAAGAAGGGUAUUCACUUUCUAGUCAGUCUUCCGAUUAUCUUGUUUCUAAAGAAAGUUCGCAGUAUUUAGCAUCAACAGCCGACCCAUAUGUAAAUGAAACCCGUAACGAUGAUUUCCGGGGCGCAAUAAUCGAUAAGCAAUCACCAUCGGCAGCGAAUAGAGUCAAUGAGCAAAUGGCCGAUUUGAAAUCGAAUGACGCUCUUGAUCAAAUUAAGCAAAUAAUAGAUCAUUUAAGUGAAGAACAGGAGAGGAGGAACUCUUCUCAGGAAUCCGUUAUGCAUAUAGAAAAGCUUUUUCACGACGAAGAAUUGAACGAUGGCUUGUUUGACGAAGUGUUCAGUCCAAUUACUACAAAAUUACCACCAGGAAAAGAAUUUCCAACCAACUUAUCCAGGCAUAAAUCAAUAAGUGACGAAAAUAUGGAACAUAGCUGCAGGCGAAUUUCUCCAGCUAGAUACGUUCGUAAAACGAAAAGGGAUCAUUUUAAGUCCUUAAGCGAUUUAAGCAAACGAAAAUCAACACCUCCCAAUAGUAUUAGUAGUGCUUCCUCAUUACUUGAUGCAACUUUUAAGCACAAGCGUAGAUAUCUUAGCGAGGGUGAUUCAAAGAAUAUACAACCAAACGAUGUUACUCUUGAUGAAUUUGAGAAGGAUGGAAUUAAAUUAACAAAAGAGGAAAAAUGGUUAAGAUCGUGUAGUAUAAGUGCGGAUCAUCAUAUUUCAAAACCCUAUGAAAUUCCACCUAAAUUAAAUUUUACGGAUUUAGAAAAAUUCGAAGGUUUUAUGUUAGUUAAUUGGUUAAAAUCUAGUUUUGAAGAUGAAUCUAUCGAGUUAGAAAUAAACAGCGUUCAAGCAAAAUAUUUUGCUUUACAGUUCUGCACAAAUUUAUUAGCAAUUGGUGUUCUAAAACCAGUUAUGCAGGACGAUGAAGUUCUGCUUAAUGGGAUUUUUAAACCGGACAGAAUGUAUUACUGGGCCCAUUCAGAGAAAAUGUUGCAGCAUUUAGAAGUAAUUCCGAGCCGAGUAACGUCUUCUGUCUGGUCUCAGGAGAAUAUCAAUAAUUCGGAACAGAAAGAUCGAUCAGUCGAAAAACUUAGUCCACAUUCACCCCGAUCAGAGCAAAGCUACGUUAUAUCCAACAUAAGAAGAGAGUUAAAAGACGAAGUUACCAGAUUGAAGGAGUCACAUGAUCAUCACAUCAAUUUAAUUCGACGCCAGUAUUCUGCACGAUUGAGAGAAUAUGAAGCCAAAUUAAAGAAACUAGAAAAAGAACGAAUGAAAAAGAACUGUUCAAAUUUUAGCACGCAAACUCCAGUGAAGACAAAUGGAAAUGCUUCCAUACAAACUAAGCCGAUUACGAAAAACAUGUUCACGCAAGCGGAUUUACCCCAAUUUUAUAGUAAAAGUACAAAUACGGAAGAAAGGAUUUACGAUGCUAAAUUAUCUUGUGCACCGAAUGCCUCUCUAGCCAAAAAUACUGCAGCUCCAAAACCGUCCUCAAUUCCAGCCCCACCUCCUCCCCCGCCACCUCCCCAAUUUUAUAGUAUCCCUUGUCCUCCUCCCAUACCACCUACAUCCAAUGUACCUGCAGCUCCUCCACUGUCUGGAAUGUCUAUUCCACCUCCUCCGCCCUUAUCUGCAGCUCAAAUACCAUUAGCCCCUCCAUUACCUGGUGCUCCUAUUCCUCCUGCCCCCCCGUUACCCGGGGCUCCUAUUCCUCCUGCCCCCCCGUUACCCGGGGCUCCUAUUCCUCCUGCCCCCCCUCUACCCGGGGCUUCUAUUCCUCCUGCACCACCAUUACCAGGUCCACCGUUAGCAAGCGGCGGGAUUCCAUCGGCCCCGCCCAUUCCUCCCCCACUUGCUUCCUUUCCUAAUUCAUCUGUGCCUCAGGCACCUCCUCCGCCACCAGGUAUACUUAAAUAUAUACCUAAGGUCUAUUCACAGUUUCCUUUUUUAACAAUUAAAAAACCAGCUCCUCCACUUCCUGGAUCUGUACCUUGUCCACCUCCAGCUCCACCAAUACCAGGUUGCCCGGGAACUGGAAUACCAGGUCCGCCUCCAGCUCCACCAGUACCAGGAUUUGCAAUGCCCGUCGCUCCAUCCAUUCCGUCAGUCAAAGUAAGAGAUCGAAUAACACCGAAAUCCAAAAUGAAACCUUUGUUUUGGAAACGAAUUCAACUGUGUCAAAUUCCAGUUUUAAAUAGUGAAAAUAAAAAGAAAAAUCUAUGGACGAGUUUAAAAGAACCGAAAAUUGAUUAUGAUGAAUUAGAUAAUUUAUUUUCGAAAAUCGAAGUAAAACGUCAACAGAAGACAAUCGAAAAGAAGGAAGUAAAGAAGGAAAAGAAGGAAAUUGCCAAGUUAUUAGAUGAGAAACGAUCUAGAGAAGUAGGAAUUUUCAUAUCAAGUCAACGCAUAUCAAUUGAUAUUGUCGAGAAGGCUGUUAUCGAUCUUGAUAAUUCAGUUUUAAGCCUUGAGCAUUUGAAAGCUAUAUACGAUAUGAAAGGUACAAACGAAGAAUUAGAGUUAUUAGAACAUCAUAUGAAAUCUAAACCAGAUAUUGCAUUGGAUAAGCCAGACCAAUUUGUUUAUAACAUCUCAAAAAUAGCUUGCUUCAAAGAGAGAACUAAUUCGCUCAUCUUUCAAUCAACGUUUAUUGAAAUGGUUUCCAACGUCGAGUCUGAUUUGAAUAAUUUAAAACAUAUUUGCCAGACACUACUUGAAAGUGAUAAAGUUCAUUUUAUUAUAAGUUUGAUUCUGGCCUGCGGAAAUUAUAUGAAUGGAGGUACGGCGAGAGGUCAGGCAGAUGCUUUCGGAUUGGAAAUCUUGUCUAAAUUAGCAGAUGUUAAAACAAAAGAUCAAAGAUCCAACCUAAUACAAUAUAUUGUAGCAACAUAUUUAAAAUUCCACAAUUACUCCGAAGGAGAUAUUUGUCCUAUACCUGAUUCCUCUGAAAUUGAAAAGGCGUCACUAGUUAAAUUCGAGGAUGUUGAUAAACAAAUUAAUAAUAUUAAAAAUUCCCUGAAUCAAUUUAAUAAACAAGUUGAAAAAGUAUUAAAUGUCUCUUCUGAAGAUGUUCUAGAACCUUUUAAAUCAGUUAUGUUGUCCUUCGCAAAGGAAGGUUGUUGGGAAGAGAAAGAGAUAAUUAUUUUCCUUUCCAAUGCAGCUGCAAAAGAUAUUGAGAAGCAAAUGAAAAAUUUAAAAGAAACAAAUGAAAUGUUUGACAAAUGCGUGGAUUUUUACAUUAUUGGACAAACUGAUAUGGAAAAAAAUCCCGAAAAAUUCUUCGAAUUAUGGAAAAAUUUUUCCAAUGUUAUUAAGGAUACUUGGAAAAAAAUUACAAUGAAUAUUAUUAAGGAAAAAGCAAAAUUAGCUGAGAAAAAAAUUAGAGAUGGACGAAAAACGCAAGCGAAUAAAACAAAUAUUACAAAGAAUGUUGCUCCCUUGAAGAAUAAAUUAGCUAAGAAAGGAUUGUUAAAUAAAUAA